AAAAUGAAAAAAAAAAAAAAAAAAGGAAAAAGAAAAAAAACAAACAUGGUUGAUAUCCAUACAAGUAGUACUCAAAUGUCCAGUCCCGUCGUCCAUUAUUAAUCGUUCACUCGAAACAAACGCAUAUAAUAAGACCUUCCCGCCCGCGCUUCCGUUUUUUUUAUAUCACACACAGAGAACCUAGCGCCCCUAAUUUCCCCAAUUCAGAGCUCAGAGAACUCCAUAAAUCUCUCUCUCAACCGGGCUGUCAUAAUUUAACCUUAACGUGUCAGGGCAGUACGCCUUGAACCUAAAUCAUUCCUCACCGCUAAGCUUAGUUUUUCGCGCAGCUUGCUCAUAGUUCAGGUCCCACUUGUAUAUCUUAUAUGACCCUUAACGCACGAGAUAGCCCUAGCUGUAUAUUUUGAUUUGGAGGAGCUAUUUCCGUCUUUCUUGUUUCUCAGCACACUGAUCACGCUGCCAACAAGCUUCACAUUUGGAUGAAUGUACAACAACAUCUCUGAAAAUGGCUGACUGGUUCAUGAAUGUGCAGAUUUUUCUCUCUUCGAUGGUGGGAGAUAGCAGCCCGGCCGAAAACUCGAUCUAAGUUGAGAAGACACCCAUCGAUGUCAAACAUCUCUCUGAUCUAUUGAAGUUGAAGACUAAAAUGAGUCAAAUAGAGGUUCCACCUGAACCGCAAUCACAAAGGGCAGCGAGAAGGACGUUGGGGAUAUAUACACACACUCUAUACACACAUAUAUGAAAGAUGAUGACGAAGACGUUCAAAGGAGCGAAUGUGUUCAUUUCUCGAAACCUAGUGCCGCCCGAAAUCUUUGAUUCGCUUCACGACGCUCUCAAGCACAACGGAGCUGAGGUUUUCCUCUGCUCCGAUCCUUCGCGAAACGGCCCAAACGAUUACCAUAUCAUCUCCUCCAACGACCAUGAGAAGUUUGACGAUCUCAGAUCUAAGGGCUGUAAUUUGCUUGGUCCUCAAUGCGUGCUUUCCUGUGCAAAAGAACACAGAGCACUGCCUAAUCAAGGGUUCACAUGUUGCCUCGCAAUGGAUGGGGUCAAAUUACUGGCAUCUGGUUUUGAGAUGGAUGAAAAGGUUGAGAUUGGAAGGUUGGUGACUUCUAUGGGAGGAGUGUUGCAUUCUAAGGCGUCUAUGGAUGUUAGCUUUGUUAUUGUGAAGAAUGUUUUGGCUGCAAAGUACAAGUGGGCUUCAAACAUUCUAAAGAAACCAGUUGUCACAAUAAAUUGGUUAUAUCAGUGCUGGAAAGAGCACCGUGUUGUUCCUCAGGACCUGUACAGGGUUCUUCCUUUUUCUGGAUUGACAAUUUGCGUCACCAGAAUUCCUGCAGAUGAACGGAAGGAGAUGGAGAAGAUUAUCAUAGAAAAUGGUGGCAAAUAUUCUGCUGAGCUGACCAAGAAGUGCUCACAUUUAGUCUGUGAUGCUCCUGAAGGUGACAAAUACAAAGUUGCCAAAAGAUGGGGUCACAUUCAUAUUGUUAGUCGCAAAUGGUUUGAUCAGUCUGUUGCUCGAAGAGCAUGUCUUAAUGAGGAGUCCUAUCCUCCACAAGGUGGUUCUGGGUCUUUGAUCAAUACUAGAAAGAUUUUGUCGACAACGCAAAAUAGCCAAGACAAGAGUAUUGGAAAUUUGCAACGUGCCCCUUCCUCGGUUGCUGCAGAUUCAAAUUUGCAAGAUGUUUUAUGUGCUGGGAGUGCAGAUCCAGAUCUAGAAGCUACACUCUCGCAGAACAAGUCAUCUACAUUUUCAGAUGCUCCCAUCUUCACGAAGGAGGAUAGUGGUGCACCAGCUAUGCAGCCUAAAAAUGAUACAAAUUUUGAUGGUUGUGUUGCCAAUGACUCACAAACUGAAGACAAUGAUUUGUACUUGUCUGAAUGCAGAAUUUUGCUUGUUGGAUUUGAUGCAUCUGAAAUGCGUAAACUAGUCAACAUGGUCCGAAGAGGUGGCGGUUCCCGUCAUAUGUCACUCAAUGAUAAACUGACACACAUAGUUGUUGGAACUCCGUCAGAGAGUGAAAAGAAGGAGGUAAGGCGCCUUGCAGCUUUGGGUGUCAUUCAUGUGGUCAGAACCACGUGGCUUGAAGAUUGUGAUCGUGAAAAGAAAGAACUUCCGGUGCUCCAGAGGCACAAUGCUUAUGAUUCACUUCUUCCAAAAGAUACUGUAUUUUCCAUUAAGGGAGCUGCAGUGGGCAUGGCUGGUAUGAAACAAGUGAAAACCUCUAGUGUUCAGUCCAUCGUGCCAGAUAAUCAAUUAUGGGAAAAUAUGAAUUCCGGAUCUGAAAUUUCAUCGGAGAAACGCAAAGAACCAGAAGUUAUCAUGAAAAGUAUUUCCUCUCUGAAAGCAACAGUAGUAUCUGCCAAACAAAGCCAGCAUUCUGUUCUAAAUGGCAAUGAUAAGGGUCAACAGGAGAUGCAACAUGGUUCCAGCAAUGAAAUUCGGGAUGGGAAUUCAUCCAAUGUAUUCAAGGGGAGGCUAUUUUGCUUUUCAAGUUCCUUUCCUGAAGAUAGGAGAGCUGAAAUUGUUGAAUGGGUCAAUCAAGGGGGAGGAGAAGUAGUGGAUGAUCAGAUUGAUCAGAAUGUGCACUUCACCAUUGAGUGUCAUGGUGUGGUACCUAGUGUGGCUGGUGCUACCAGAAGUAUCAGUAUAUCAAGUCACUGGAUUCGAUCUUGUUUAGAGGAUGGAUGCUUGCUGGAUGUUAGCAGUCACAUUCUAUAUUCUCCACUUCCAUGCCAAAUUCCUUUACCUGGGUUCAAAGGCUUUCGGUUCUGUGUUUCGCAGUAUGAUGAGAAAGAUAGACUGCUAUUAAGAAAUUUGUGCUUCGUUCUUGGAGCAAAAUUUGUUGAAAAAUUGACGAAAAAAGUCACUCAUUUAUUAUGUAAGUUCACCAGCGGCCCGAAAUAUGAGGCUGCUUGCAAAUGGGGGAUACAGUCAGUUACAUCUGAGUGGAUUUAUGAUUGUGUUAAGCAGAAUGAAGUUGUUUCUCCUAGUUCAUUUUGUCCAAAAGAAGUUACUUCUAAAGACCAAGAGGCAGGAUUCUGCACUAUGAGCCAGUAUCCUUCACAAGCCAUUCGAAUGAUAUCUGGAGAUAAUGCAUCCCAGUUUCCAAGUCAGUCCCAGGACCCGAGAAUUCAAACUCAAGGUAUUGGUAGCAGAAGUGACAGCUCUAGGGAAGAGUUAAAUCAUUCAAGUAUUCGCAAUAAGAAGGCAAGGCUUUUGGGAGAUGACAGCCAAAGGGGUCUACUAUCUUGUGGAGUUAAUCAAAAUGAUCCUAUCUGGAGGAUGAGUUCCACGGAAAACAACAUAGCAGAAAACAUUGAGGAAGUUUCUCCUGCCAUACCUGAUGUAGCUUCUGCUAUUGAGGAUUUGUUAGAGCAAACAAGUAAGAUUCACGAUCUGAAGUCACCAGAGGGGACUGCAUGUGAUAGAAGUCAUUUCUCAUCUGAUUGUUCAAUCAUUGGUCGAGAUCCUACAGAUCCUCAGUCUCCUUUUGGGUUGUCUAAGCACUGGAUAAACAGGGCUGAUAAAAAGGACGACAUCUGCAAUCGAUCUGAAGAUCUAAAUCCCGGCAUUUAUGAUGGUUUUAGCGAAACACAAACAGAAUCUCAGGUUGUUGGUUAUGAAGAGGAUUUGUCUGGCAGGCAAAUGAUAAUAGAUAGGGUCCGAACGCGGAGUAGCAUGACUUGAACCCCCAAGAUCUCUUCAUUGGACAAAAGCAGGUGAAAGAACAUGCUGAACUGAAGGUUCUGAACUCUGAAAUUGGCUCUCCACUUUCCGAAUCCUAUGCGCUGAUUGAUGUUUCUUCAACUGCUUUUGGCCAGUGCAGCGUAAAAAUCUCAUUUUGCAUUCAUCGCUUGAAGGAUCUACAUGCCAAUGUCCUUAAAAUGAAGGGUUUAUCUUUUAGGGAGUUGAUGAUACUGUCACAACUGUAUUGGUUGUACCUUCAAAUGCCAUGUUUGUAGAACAUUUAUGUAAUAUUGUAAGCUUGUUAGUAAGCAUCUAAUGAAAAUCAGUUUCAAAAA